GCUGCAGGACCUGGAGAGUGAUGAGGAGACCCUGAGUGAGAAGGCCGAGGCUCUGCGGCAGCUGGCGGAGCUGGAGGCCAAACUGCGGCGCCACGAGCUCUCCGAGGAGCGUUACCUGGCCCAGGUGAAGGCGCUGCUGCACUGGGAGCUCUCGGUGGCCACCGGAGUCGCCGCCAACGGCUACGGCAGCGACAACGAUGAGGACAUGGAGGAAGGGUCCCUGCUGGGCCCCGGCCCCAGGGCCAGGAGGGGCUCCCGGAGGAGCCGGAGCCGAGCCAAGAACGGCGAGGGCAGAAAGUCCCCCUCCAGCUCGCGGGUGACGCGGAGCUCCGGCCGCCAGCCCACCCUGCUCAGCCUCUUCUCCAAAGGGUCCCACAAGAGGAAGUCGGGGGAGGCCAACGGGGAGGCCGAGCGGGAGGUGACGAUGAAGGUGGAGAAGGAGGAAGAGGAGCCCGAGGACAAGGAACAGGACGAGAAAAGGAUCAAAGUGGAAGCCAAGGAUGGGUCGGAGCUCAGGGACGAAAUCCCUCAGGUUAAAAUCACCACCCCUGCGAAAACCACCCCUCCCAAGUGCGUGGAGUGCCGGCAGUACCUGGACGACCCCGACCUCAAGUUCUUCCAAGGGGAUCCCGACGACGCCCUGGAGGAGCCUGAGAUGCUGACGGACGAGCGCCUGUCCCUCUUCGACGCCAACGAGGACGGCUUCGAGAGCUACGAGGACCUCCCCCAGCACAAAGUCACCUCCUUCAGUGUCUACGACAGGAAGGGCCAUCUGUGCCCCUUCGACACGGGGCUCAUCGAGAGGAACGUCGAGCUCUUCUUCAGCGGCGCCGUCAAGCCCAUCUACGACGACAACCCCUGCCUGGACGGAGGGGUGAGGGCCAAGAAGUUGGGGCCCAUCAACGCCUGGUGGAUCACGGGCUUCGACGGCGGGGAGAAGGCGCUGAUCGGCUUCAGCACAGCGUUCGCGGAUUACAUCCUGAUGGAGCCCAGCGAGGAGUACGCGCCCACCUUCGCCCUCAUGCAGGAGAAGAUCUACAUGAGCAAGAUCGUGGUGGAGUUCCUGCAGAACAACCCCGACGUCAGCUACGAGGACCUGCUCAACAAGAUCGAGACCACGGUGCCCCCCGUGGGGCUGAACUUCAACCGGUUCACGGAGGACUCGCUGCUGCGCCACGCCCAGUUCGUGGUGGAGCAGGUGGAGAGCUACGACGAGGCCGGCGACAGCGACGAGCCCCCCGUGCUCAUCACCCCCUGCAUGAGGGACCUCAUCAAGCUGGCAGGGGUCACCCUGGGCAAGAGGCGGGCCGUGCGCCGCCAGGCCAUCCGCCACCCCACGCGCAUCGACAAGGACCGGGGGCCCACCAAGGCCACCACCACCAAGCUGGUGUACCACAUCUUCGACACCUUCUUCUCGGAGCAGAUCGAGAAGGACGAGCGCGAGGAGGACAAGGAGAACUCCACCAAGCGCCGGCGCUGCGGCGUCUGCGAGGUGUGCCAACAGCCCGAGUGUGGCAAGUGCAAGGCCUGCCAGAACAUGGUGAAGUUCGGGGGCAGCGGGAGGAGCAAGCAGGCCUGUCUGCAGAGGAGGUGUCCCAACCUGGCCGUGAAGGAGGCGGACGAGGACGAGGAGGUCGAUGACAACAUCCCCGAGGUGCCCUCGCCCAAGAAGAUGCUCCAGGGCAGGAAGAAGAAGCAGAACAAGAGUCGGAUCUGCUGGGUGGGGGAGCCCGUCAAGAGAGAUGGCAAGAAGGAGAUAUGGGUGACAGCCCUGUGGGAGGACAGCAGCGGGCAGAUGUUCCACGCCCACUGGUUCUGCCCGGGCUCGGACACGGUGCUGGGGGCCACCUCGGACCCCCUGGAGCUGUUCCUGGUGGACGAGUGCGAGGACAUGCAGCUCUCCUACAUCCACGGCAAGGUCAACGUGGUCUACAAGGCGCCCUCGGAGAGCUGGGCCAUGGAGGGGGGGCUGGACAUGGAGGUGAAGGCGGUGGAGGACGAUGGCAGGACCUACUUCUACCAGCUGUGGUACGACCAGGAGUACGCGCGCUUCGAGAGCCCGCCCGACGCCCGCCCCGCCGACGACAACAAGUACAAGUUCUGCCUGAGCUGCGCCCGCCUGGACGAGGUGAGGCACAAGGAGAUCCCCAGGGUGGCCGAGCCGCUGCGGGAGGAGGACGGCAAGAUGUUCUACGCCUCGGCCACCAAGAACGGCGUCCGCUACCGGGUGGGGGACGGCGUCUACCUCCUGCCCGAGGCCUUCUCCUUCAGCGUCAAACCGGCCAGCCCGGCCAAGAGGCCCAAGAAGGAGGCGGUGGACGAGGAGCUGCACCCCGAGCACUACAGGAAAUCCUCGGAUUACAUCAAGGGCAGCAACCUGGACGCCCCCGAGCCCUUCCGCGUGGGGAGGAUCAAGGGCAUCUUCUGCGGCCUCCGCGGCAACGGCAAACCCAACGAGGCCGACAUCAAGAUCAGCAUCUACAAGUUCUACAGAUCAGCAUCUACAGGUUCUACAGGAAAAGGCAAAGGGAAGGCGUCGAGCAGCCCCGAGCGGGCCGAGGCCGAGGCCGAGCCCAAACCCCCCAAACUCAGGACCCUGGACGUGUUCUCGGGCUGUGGGGGCCUCUCCGAGGGUUUCCACCAGGCAGGUGGGUCCUGCCGGGCCUCUUCCCACCUUUGUUUG